AUGACAGAAACCAGCUCCUCGCAGAUAGGCACUGUCAGAUAUGGUAACCUGGAGAGAUUAAACUAUUUUAGAAAAGAGGAAUUCGAAGUGGACUGGGUCAAAGUGGCUGAGCGUACAUUUGGCUGCGUCUACAAGGUCAAGCUCAAACUCAAACAGGAGAAGUGUGCCAUUAAGACUUUGAGCUCCAGAGAUUACAGGAGCAUGUUGCGGGUCUCAGAAAUAGCAAAGGCAAAAUUGAAGUACUUGGUAUCAAUCUAUGGGCUUUGCAAAGACCCACCUGCAGUCGUGAUGGAGUACAUGAAUAGAGGCUCUCUGAACAACCUUCUCCCGACUCAUGUUCUGACAUGGCCUAAGAAGUUUCAGAUGGUCCAUGAGGUGACAAGGGGCAUGGACUUCCUCCACAGCAUGAAGCCCCAUCUCCUUCAUCUGAACCUGAAGCCAGCCAACAUCCUUCUUGAUGAUCGUCUCCAUGUUAAGUUAUCUGAUUUUGGGUUAAUUACAUGGGAAGAAACGUCAGGAAAGAUGACAUUCAUCGAGCAUUUGGCAGCUCGUGGAAACAUUAGCUAUAUUCCACCAGAAGCCUUCACCCAGAACCCUGAACCUCCCACGGCCAAGUACGAUGUUUACAGCUUCUCCAUUGUGAUGUGGGAGAUUUUAACCCAGAACCGACCAUACCAAGGAGUGAAUAUGACAGAAAUACUGAUCAGGGUGACAUCUGGCAAAAGGCCUGGUGUCGAGAAGAUCCCGGAUGACAAGCCUCCAGAGUGUGAGGAAAUGCUGGCUAUUAUGCAACAGUGUUGGCACCAGGAGUCCAGCCAAAGGCCUGCCUUCAGUGACAUGGUGUGGAAGAUCGAAGCCCUGAGUGAUGUACUGAAACUUCCAGACAUGAUUUCAGGCAGAGAAACAAAGAAGUCUCUCCGAUGUAAGCCACCUUUGCCUGCCUUGUCGAGGGGGGACUCAGAAGAUAUGCCGAAUGAGAAGUCAGAAGGUUCGAGUCCUAGUAUUUACUCUUACCUGAAACGGAAGGAUUUCGAAACCUUCAAGCACGUUGUAACUAAAGAGCACGUGUCGAUGGUCUUCAAGGACAACAACUCCCUCCUGCACCAUACCGCUGCCAGCGGUGACGCUGAAAGUGUAAGGACCGUGUUGGACCUGGGUGCCUCGGUCAACUGCCAGAGCAGCAAAGGAUACUCGCCUCUCAUCAUCGCCACGCUGCAGAAGUCCCACGACAUCUGUGCCCUCCUGAUUGAGCGUGGCGCUGCCAUCAACCACGGUGACAAGGACCUCUGGACGGCGCUACAUUUUGCCGCGCAGGGCGGCGAUGACCGCGCCGUCCGUCUGCUGCUGGACGCUGGCGCGAGCGCCGAUGUCAAGGACAAGGACAGUUGGACGCCCCUUCACUUGGCAUCUCAGAACGGCUACGAGGGUGUGGUGCGUCUCCUGCUCCCGCGCUUGGAGGCCGUGGACAAGCAGGAGGCAUGUGAUGGGAGGACGCCGCUGCAAGUGGCCUGCAUGUACGGUCACCUGCGCAUCGCCAAGCUACUGCUGGCCAGGGGCGCCUACGCGAACGCGGCGGACAGUGGCCAAGCCACUGCGCUGCACCUGGCGGCCGGCGAGGGCCACUUCCGGUUGGUGCGUCUGCUGCUGUCGAGUGGGGCGUGUACCAACUGCGUGGAUGGGUGCGGCUACUCUGCUCUGCACCUGGCCGCUCGCCGCGGCUGCACCGGCAUCUGUAGGCUACUGCUGAGCCGCGGCGAGGAUCCUGACAUCCAGACGCACCAGGGCUGGACGCCCAUGCACCUGGCCGCGCUCAAGGGCCACCACGACACAGUGCUGCUGCUGGAGGAACGUGGGGGGAUGUUGGACGCCCGUGGUGAGAAUGGGUGGACGCCGCUGCACCUGGCCUGCCACCACGGGCGGGAGGAGGCGGCAGCCGUGCUGCUCACCGCUGGCGCAGACCCCAACCUGGCCGAGAACAGCGGCUGGACGGCCCUCCACCUGGCCUGCCACAAUGGCACAUUCCCUACCGUGCUGCGCCUCAUCUCCCACCAGGCUGACGUCAACGCCCAGAACGACAGUCAGAACACGCCUCUGCACCUAGCUGCACAUGCCGGCAAUGCUCCCGUGGUCAAAGCCCUGCUGAUGAAUCACACCAACAGGGACAGAGUAAACUCCAAAGGUCUCACAGCCCUUGCCAUAGCUCAGCAGUGCCAACACGAGGAGAUCGUGCAGUUACUGAACAUCUCAGACAUAGCUGAGCGAGACAUCACAAAAGCAGCACAUAAUGACAGAUAAAUGCAUUAGGAUGGAAGACGCAUUGAUUUCUUAUAUUGAUUCUUUUCCUCUGCAUAUCCUGCCUUAGCUGUCGCUAUUCAGAUUUAUUCUUCUCGUGUUGUUAAUAUAUUUUUAAUCGAUCAAGCACCGGGGGAUUUGACGUGAUGUCUCACUGAACGGAAUGAAAAGCCACUUCCAGACCAUGGGAGCCAGUAGGGAUUCAUCUCCCCAGAGCGGGAGAGCGGCACCUCCGCCGAGCUCCAAACGUAAGCGGCCACGUUGUGCCUUCAGAGCUGCGUGAGUCACCCCUGCUAGGAACCAGUGUCUUACUGAGCCAAGGAAAAUAAUCUCAUUGCAAAGGAAUGAAGUCUGUCUUUGCAAUUCCAGUGCCUCCAGGCACUUCCACGGCCGAGUGCGCGGGACUGGACUACCAGCAUUCUUCCCGUUCCUCUGCAAGUUCAUCCUGCUCACUGCCGUCUGUUGGCUUUUGUCUGUAUAUCCUCCCGGUGCAUGAGCUGUGUAAACAGUAUUUAUUUAUAAUAAGUACAUAUCAGUGUAUAGCUAUAAAACAUAAUAUCAUACCAAAAAUACUCCAUUAAACAUAUAGUACUGUAGUACUACACAUACUGUAAAUGUGUAGACUAUCAUGUAUGCUAUUUUUCUCCAGCUUAAUACAUUUUUCUA